CAUCAUAAUUCAAACUUCCUUCUUUUUCCCCUUCUCGUUUAUGAGUAGAGCAGUGUUAAGGGAGUAAAGCAAAAAGGAUAAGGAAGAAUAAGGUCUUGGUAAAAUGAGUACAGCAAGGUUUAUCAAGUGUGUGACCGUGGGGGAUGGAGCAGUGGGGAAGACCUGCAUGCUCAUAUCCUAUACUAGCAACACAUUUCCAACGGAUUAUGUUCCCACAGUUUUCGACAACUUCAGUGCUAACGUGGUUGUGGAUGGUAGCACAGUCAACCUUGGCCUAUGGGACACUGCAGGACAGGAAGAUUACAACAGGCUAAGGCCCCUGAGCUAUAGAGGAGCAGAUGUGUUUUUGUUGGCCUUUUCCCUCAUCAGCAAGGCCAGUUAUGAGAACAUCUCCAAAAAGUGGAUUCCUGAACUGAGACAUUAUGCACCAACUGUGCCAAUUGUGCUGGUGGGAACCAAACUUGAUUUACGAGACGACAAGCAAUACUUGAUUAAUCAUCCUGGAGCAACACCAAUAUCAUCUGCUCAGGGCGAGGAACUGAAGAAGAUGAUUGGGGCAGUCACUUACAUCGAAUGCAGCUCCAAAACUCAACAGAAUGUGAAGGCUGUGUUUGAUAUUGCCAUAAAAGUAGCUUUGAGGCCACCUAAACUGAAGAAAAAGCCAAACAAGCCAAGGCCAACAUGCGCAUUUCUCUGAAUCAAUUUUAGUGUUAAAUUUUCUCCCUUGUAAUAUUCAUAAAAUCAUAAUCUUCUUCUAAAUGAUACUUUUGUUAUAAACUGCCUCCAGAGCUAUAAAAGAUCUCUAGGGAGGAAAUAAGAUGUAUCUUGAGAUGUUAUGCUGCUUAUUGAAUUUUAGCCUUUGCAGUAUAUAUCAACUUGAUUCUC